CCCGUUUCCUAAGCAACGGGCUGGUAAACAAGAUGGCGGCAACCGGGCCCCUGCCAGGGGGCAGCCGAGUCUGAAGCACCUGCACGCUCGCCCCCCUCCCCCUUCUCCCCCGGCCCCGCCGCUCCCCAUGGCCGAGCGGGGGGGCGAGGAGGACGGCACGGGGGGGCUGCCCCCCUCCCCCGCCCAGCUCCUCGGUGGGGUCCCUCUGGGACCGACGCCGCCUGGGGACGGGCCCCGCCUCGGGCAGGCGGAGCUCAGUGGCUGCUACCCGGAGCCGGAGCCGCAGGCGGGGGAGGAGGACUCGGAUUCGGACCUGGACCCGGACCCGCAGCCCAUGGAGGAACAUUUUGAUGGGGUACUGGAUGAGGGUACGGUGGCUGAGGCCCUGUACAAACUGGGGCGUUCAGCCCCUGGCGCCAAGUUUGUUUACCUUAAUCUGUCGCUUUCAGGGCGUAAUUUAAGUGACAUUAGCAUUCUUUCCAGAUACAUUCACCUAGAGAAGUUGGAGCUUUCAUACAAUAAAAUUAAUGAUCUGUCUUGUGUCAGUCAUAUGCCUUAUUUACUGGAACUUGACGCUUCCAAUAAUGAACUGACUACCUACUUUGAUUUCAAGCCACCUAAAAAUCUCAAGGAGGUGGAUUUUUCAUACAAUCAAAUACCUGAAAUGCGAGAUCUGUCUGCAUACCAGUCACUUACUAAACUCACAUUGGACCAUAAUAAUAUAGAGGAGAUCAAAGGGCUAGAGAAAUGCCGUAGUCUGACUUUCCUUAGCUUGGCACACAACAGGAUCACUACAAUCAGUGGUUUGAAAAACUUACCUGUCAAAAUACUCUGUCUGUGCUCUAACCAGAUUGAGAAGAUAACUGGUUUGGAGGACCUGAAAGUCCUCCAGAACUUGGACUUGUCCAGUAAUAAAAUCAGUAGCUUAGAAGGUUUGGAGGAACAUGAUCUACUAGAAGUGAUCAACCUAGAAAAUAAUCAGAUUUCUGAACUGGGUGAGCUGGAAUAUAUUGAAGACCUGCCUCUCCUCAGAGUGCUCAAUCUGUUAAGAAACCCAGUACAGGAACAAACAGAUUAUUGGCUCUUGGUGAUUUUCAUAUUGCUCCGACUAACAGAGUUGGAUCACAGGAAGAUUAAAGUGGAAGAAAAGGUUGCUGCUGUGAACAAGUAUGACCCUCCUCCAGAAGUAGUUGCUGCUAAAGAUCACAUGACCCAUAUUAUGUACAGCAUGAUUCAGCCACAGAGGAUCUUUGACAGCACUUUGCCUAGUCUUGAUGCUCCCUACCCCAUGUUAAUAUUAGUUGGACCCGUGGCCUGUGGAAAGCGAGAACUUUCUCACAGAAUCUGCAGACAGUUCAACAAUUUUUUCAGAUACAGCCCCUGUCACACCACGAGGGCAUCUUACUUCGGAGAAGACAACAGACUUGAUUACUACUUCAUUUCUCAGGAGGUGUUUGACAAUAUGUUGAACAUGGGGAAGUUUAUUGCAACGUAUAAAUAUAGCAGCCACUACUAUGGAUUAGGAAGAGAGACUGUAGAAUCCAUUGCCAGAGAGGGACUGGCAAGCUGUGCUCAUUUGGAAAUAGAGGGUGUGCAAAGUUUGAAAAAUACCUACUUUGAACCUCGAUAUAUCCUGUUAGUACCAAUGAACAAAGAAAAAUAUGAGGGACAUCUGCGGAGGAAGGGGCUGUUUAGCAGGCCAGAGAUUGAAACUGCAGUCUCCAGAGUGGACAUGUAUAUCAAAAUAAAUCAGGAUUUUCCAGGAUACUUUGAUGCGGUAAUUAACAUGGAUGAUUACGAUGAGGCAUACACACAGCUGAGUCUCCUCAUAAAGGAAUACCUAGGUAUGGUACAGCCUUCAGAUUUGGACAGCAGUUGGGUCUUGGACGACAAAGCAGUCACAGAUUUCAGCUCACUGUCUUUUGGAGAUCACAAAGCUUUAACCAGUGGAGGGACCAUUAGAAUUGCCCAGCCUUCUGACAUCAAUGAAUUUUCGGACUCUUCAGCCAAAAACUACUCUGCUAGAAUCUCAGCCAAACUUGCUGCACAAAAGACACCAGCGGAAGAAGCAUCUCUGCAGAGGCGGCAAUGUGCAGCACGUCAGGCGCUGUUGGGGAAGGCUCCUAGUGCAUAUGGCCAGCUGUUUCAAAGGCAUCUUGCAAGUACCCCCGCAGCGAUCAGCCCACACAGAUUACUGGAGCCACCAUCAUAUACCUCUAUGCUCCCAAGUGGAAGUAAUGUCACCCAAGACCGGAGUCUGCCCCCUGCUAGCCCAGACACCAGAAGCAGUAGAAUGAAAAGUCGCGUGCGCUCCAGAGAAUCACGUGCCACCAGUGGGUUAUCUAUAAUGUCCUCGGCUGGUGCAUUUUCAACAGAAAGCUUGUCUGCCCGGAGCCCAGUUCCUAGUGCUCGAUACUCCGAAGAGGCCAAUGCAGAAUGUGGGGACAUUGGAGGAGUCCGCAAUGGAAUGGAAAGUUUGAAAGACGCUGAACUCUCUAGUGACACGCUUGAAAAAAAAGCCAGCAAAUCCAAGUCUGGUUCUCCUCAUGUGCCCCAGAUUGCAAACCGACCAGGCUCCAACACCAAACCCGUCCUACCUCCAAUCCCAUCAGGGCGGAAAAAGACAAACCCUUGAGGGUUGACAUCGGCUGAGGCAUUGCCUUGAUCAUGCCCAUUUCUGCAGUCUAACUUGAAUACUGGUUUUGAUAUAAUUUCCUCCCCACACAAAGAAAAGUCUAUCAAAGAAUAUUAUCUUUCUGAAUCCAUCUCUGAUUAAUUCUGAAUCAUUCUUCUCUUUAAAAAACGUUAUUUAUUUAUAACUUUAUUAAAAAGUAUUUUCUGCUUUUCCCAGAGCUAGAAAUGAUUUCCCCAGAUGCUCCCCACUUGGAAAUGUCACAGAAUUUUCCCCGAGAUCCAUGUGAUCAGAUCUUCCAGGGAUAUUUUUUCUAUUUCACUGACUUAAUUGAGGUGUGGAAGCUUGAAGGCCUCUGAUGAUAAUGUUGCUUAUAGUACAAGACUGCUGAAUUAGUUUUUGCUAAGAGAGAUUUAAUGUGAUACUUAGAUUUAAGUGAGGAAGAGAAACUACUUCAUUCCAAGGCAACCUUUUAUAGAAGCUAUAUCUUUAGAAAGGAGAAGUUAUUUUUAAUAUACAGGUAUAUUUAAACAAACAACCCACAAAGGAAUGAUCAGAAAAAAUCUUUAAUUAAUUUGAUUUUGCUAAAGUUUUAACUAUUUUCUGAUUAUGCUGAGAUCUGUUUUUGCCAUAUAUAAGAGAAAUGGAGUCUCAAUAUUAAACAAAACUCAGAUGUUAACCUUUUUCAUUAUUAAUUUAUACGACUAUAUAUAUUUACUUUGUUAUAUUUACUGAACAAAUAACCUGCUCUUAUAAGCUUGCACUGUGAAGCCCUAUUGCUGUUUAUAUAACACCAGUCAUGUGCAUGGCACUUUGCAAAUGUGAGAAGACAUGAUCUAUUAUACCAGAGUGGAUUAAACUUUUCUUGUGGAACUGCUCUGGAUUUACCCCAAUGUAACUGAUCAGAAUUUGGCCGGGGCCCGUAAAAUCUAAAUUAGACCCAAAAAAAAGAACAACAGAUCAUGGUAUGUAAGGGAUAAAUCCAAUAUCCUGAACUUAAUAAAUACACUGCUACCCCGCUAUAACGCGACCCGGAUAUAACACAGGUUCGCAUAUAGCGCGGUAGCAGCGGGGCUCCAACGGUGCUUUAAAGGGUCCGGGGCUCCGGCUGCUGCAGGGAGCCCAGGGCCCUUUAAAUCACUGCUGGAGCCCUGCCACCGCUAUACCGGGGCUGAGGCAGUGGGGCUCG